AGGCGGUGGGGGUUAAAUGAGUGGCGUGAGGAAUCUGUGUAGUAUUAUGAGGUAUGGCGGGUCAGUUGGUGUUUGGUUUGUAACGAGUGAGUGGAAAGAUCUGUCUGGUGUGGUAGUUGUAGCUGCAACGCUGGCUGCCUCCUGCCUCACACCUCUGUUGGCUGUGGUCCUCGACACACACGCAAGAUAGUCCGUCGUGUCCUGUCCUUUCCUGCUAGCCCUUCCGCUGCCACUACAGUGUCAUUCUUGAUUCCAGCCUGUCACCAUUCUACACAACUUACAACGACCAGAGCCAGAACAGUGCCAGUCAACUCUCCGCCACCGUUCUUGGCACAACGUCAGGUCUGACACCGCGUAGAAGUGACCAUCGCGGUCGAGGUCUUAGCCGUCUCUACCCCUGUGAAGAUGUGGCGUGAAGGGUUAAGAUUUACCUGCCCCUUUAGUCAGCCCAGACGGUGUGACCUGACCCGACAUACCUUGACCUUGUACCUGCUACUGCUGCUGCCCAUCGUCAGUGCCUCCGUCAGGGAAGUGAUAAUCUUCCCUGACAAAACCGACGACGGGGAAACGUGUCGACCGCUGGGUGGAGGUGACGGGGAGUGUCUGGACCUGUUCCUCUUGCCCUCCGUCGUCUCCACCUUCAAGAAGGUCCACCCUGCCCUUUGUGGCUUCAGGGGUAAGGUUCCCAUAGUCUGCUGCCCCAAGUCCUUCUAUAUGGAGCAGCCGCGACCCACCUCCCCCUACCCAACUCAACCACUACCACCACCCGCCGUAGACGUCAAGUGUGGUCUUGGCGGUAGCAGCAAGAAGAAGAGGCCGCCCAAACUUGCUGGCUUGAUAGGUGGGGUGGAGGCCAAACCCAACUCCUGGCCUUGGGUGGCCGCCGUGGGAAGUAUAGAGAGGGGAGGAAAGGUGAACUGGUUCUGUGAUGGAGUGUUGAUAACACCUCAGUUUGUCCUGACAGCUGGCCACUGUGUCUGGUACUUCGAGGUUGACCUAGUCCGUCUGGGUGGGCACAACCUGACUACACGGAGACCCGCCCAAGUGGAUGUGAGGGUGAGCGUCACCACCUUGCACCCACUCUACAGCCCGCCUUCUCUCGCCCACGACCUGGCUAUCCUGCGUCUCGAUCACCCUGUCAAACUUAGCUCUCAGGUGUCGCCCGUGUGUCUUCCUUGGACUGUUAAGGACUCACCUGACCUAGAGGGCCGGAGCUUCACUUUAGUGGGCUGGGGAGCUACAAGGUUCGGUGGAGCAGGGAGUGACGUGCUAGGAGGUGGACGUGACGGUGUUCCCGCCCAGUCGUUGUGAUGCUGCUUACAAGACGCUGGGGGACUACUCCAUCAGGUUCCCAGACGGUAUUGGCGACGACUUUCUGUGUGCUGAGACAGACAGGGAGGAAAAGAUGCCUGUAAGGGUGACUCUGGAGGUCCCUUGAUGUACAACAGUUUCGGGAGGUACAUGCUGGCCGGGGUGGUGAGCGCGGGUUACAAGUGUGGCUUAAUCAACUUCCCGGGGAUCUAUACGGCCACCUGCCCACACCUGCAGUGGAUCAGAAAGGUAGCCUUCUCAACCCUAACACCAUCUACCCGGUUGGCGACGUUCUCUGGUUGGCACCCACUUUGAGGAUGAUAUUUGCUCCAAAGUCUAGUUUAUUUAGGCUUUGAUUUGCUCAACCUGAACCGUCUUAUGGAUUUGGGAUUGACUGACGAUGCCUUGCAAGAAGCGCCUUCUCCGUAAGGCUAACUCCUGCAGUGUACGUAGACCACACCUCUUGUUGACAACCGACACCCAGCACUCGUAGAAUCACUCAACCUGAUGAUCAUUCAUUUCCCUAAGAGUAUUACCGAUCACUCUGCAUACAACGUGUCAAGAAUAUUGUUGUUUAUAAGUUAACGCAGUUUUAUUAUUUACACCGAUUUAUUUUGUUUUUAUUUUCUUGCUGAAAGAAGAAUUUUGAACUUGUAGCAUAGUAAAAUUAAUGAUCUUAGGCUCGUAGUGUUUGUACAGCUUUAGGUAAUGUUUAGAAUGAUAUCAUAUGAACUUGAAUGUCUUACAGAGUUUUUAAAGGUGUUAUGUGGAGUUUAUAUGUACUUGUAGUUUGUGUUUACGUGUCGGUAUAUGUGAGUUAAACAUCUUGUUACGGUGUCCUGAUGUGUACUGAUGACACCUGUUAUGUGCACCAAUUUCACCUGUUAUGUGCACCAAUUCCACCUGUUAUAUGCACCAAUUCCACCUGUUAUGUGCACCAAUUCCACCUGUUAUGUGUACCAAUUCCACCAGUUAUGUACCAAUUCCACCUGUUAUGUGUACCGAUUCCACCUGUUAUAUGUACCAAUUCCACCUGUUAUGUGUACCAAUUCCACCUGUUAUGUGUACCAAUUCCACCUGUUAUGUGUACCAAUUCCACCAGUUAUGUGUACCAAUUCCACCUGUUAUGUCCACCAAUCAUGACUAUUGUUUUUACAUUUUCAAGUAAUUUUUACCUCAGUUGUAUUUUUUAUAUUAAAAAUAUUCAACCAAU